AUUUUAAAGUCAUGGUCGAGAUUGGGCACCAUUAAGCGUCUUUUAGGGGAGUAUCUUAGUGACAAAGACUUGAAAGAGCGGAUCCAUUCCCUGAACAAACAAGAAUGCCCAAGUGCCCUUGGCACGAACGAGUGAAGACAUUUUUCCAAGAACACAUGACUCAUCAGCAGAAAUCCAUUGUACAUUUUCAAAAAAAAUUGUCGCGUACGAGCCUGUGAUUGUGACUGCCACUUCCCUUAGAUUUUGUUUAUAAUUUCAAGCCGCAGCCAAGUAAUUUGGACAUGGCCUUAUGUUUUGCGGGCCUGCAGAGCUAGGGGUGGAUGGAGCGGAAUGGUACAAACAAGGCUGCCCUCUCUUGUCAAAAGGCACUCCGAUAACGCACACACUACAUCAUCAUGGAUUGUACAUUAAUACAAUCGGGACACGUCAUGUUUAAAGCUUUGAAGUCGCUGGUAUCCAGCUGUAUAGCGCGUUUUCGAAUGGUAACCCAUCCGUGAUCAGCGAAGAUAGCAAGUGGGCAUGUGGAUCGAUCAGGUGUACGACGUGCCGGCGGAUCGGAGUGAAAGUUUCAUAACUGAAAUUUAACCGUCAUUCACAUCAUCAAGGUAACCUUGAAGGAAAAUACAAUGCACUACCAACGUUGCUGACAAAGUCAGUCCCCUGAGCAUCAACAGAAUUCCUAGUUCUUCACAGUUCAGCAUAAAUCUUGAAAAUGGGCACAGGGAUUGUGGGAUUGUUUCCAAAGCACUUAGAAACUUGCCUCCGUACACAGAUGAGUAGAGUUCAGACGUUAUGGUUCAGGAACUUCCUUAUUGCUGUGGCUCUCCUGAGCCUGAUGUUGACCGUCACCUCGGCCUCACAAGACUACUAUGAGUUGCUUGGAAUUGAGCGAGAUGCAAGCACCAAGGACAUUCGUCGAGCCUUCAAGAAACUAGCUCUCAAGAUGCAUCCCGAUAAGAACCAGGAUGACCCAAAGGCACAUGAUAAGUUUGUAGAGAUCAACAGGGCAUAUGAGGUACUGAAAGAUGACGACCUUCGCAAGAAGUACGACCGGUUCGGCGAAGAGGGUCUAAAAGACCAGCAAGGGCAGGGAAGAUGGAAUCGAUACGAGAGCUGGCAGUACUACAAGACAGAAUUUGGCCUGUAUGACGAAGACCCAGAAGUUGUCACCCUCAGCAAGACAGAUUUUGAGCAGUCGGUGUUUGGUGAAGACAUCUGGUUUGUCAACUUCUACUCUCCGCGGUGCCAUCAUUGCCAUGACCUGGCCCCUAUCUGGCGAAAGUUUGCCAAGGAAAUGGAAGGUGUGAUUCGUAUCGGUGCUGUCAACUGUCAUGAUGACAACCCCCUCUGCACUGCCCAGGGAGUGCGAUUCUUCCCCACCCUCAAGGUCUAUCCACAGAACGAGGAGUUUACUGGCAAACGUAAACUCCAAGAUCUCAUCAAGCAUGCCUUAUGGCUAGUCAAAGCUGACGUCCAUUCCAUUUGGACAGGAAAUUUCAAAAAGACUCUUUUAGCUGAAGAACACAAGGACCAGCCAUGGGUUAUUUCUUACUGCGGAGCACCGGAAGGAAGUGAGGCUGAGUCCACUGAUGUAGCCCAUGCUGGCUGCUUGGACCUGGAAGACAGAACCAAAUUGGCCGCCAUCUUGAACAAAGUUGUGAAUGUUGGUUUUGUUGACUGUACUGCUUCAGCCAAACUGUGCAAGAAGUUAAACAUUGAUGAGAGCACAAUUAAGUUCUAUCCAUCAGGAAAGAAGGCUCUGUCUUCAUCAAGCCGUACCUUUGAGUUGGAUGAACCCAAAAGCAUUGCUUCUGAAGUGUUGAAACUUCUCCCUGACAUCUCCACACUCAGUGACGAAGAAUUGCAGAGUGGCCGAGAUGAUUUGAAGUCUGGCCAAUCAGAUGAAGCGAUGUUAGUCUACUUCAUGAGUGGGAAGGAAGAACAUGAAAUUGAGCUGCGAAAACUGCCGUACCUCCUGAAGCACAUGACGGUUGGCAAAUUCAACUGCACGCAGCACCUGGAUGUGUGCGGGGAAUUGUACCUGGGCACCAACCUGCCAAAGGUGGCGCUGUUCAGGUCAGGAGGCGCCCAUGAAUUCCACCAUGGUCGUCUGUUUGCCCAGGAUAUUGCAGCCUUUGCUAGACAGAGCAUAGACUCUCGACUGCACAUGCUUGGCCCUGAGAGUUUCCCUGAUCCUGUCACUGGCGGAAAGGAGCUGUGGUUUGUCGAUUUCUUUUCUCCACAUUGUCCACCAUGCAGACAGAUGCUACCUCAGUUGCGCAAGGCAGCCACUAGGAGAACAGACAUUCACUUUGGCACGGUAGACUGCACCAUCCACAACGCACUGUGUAACCAACACAACGUCCGGUCCUACCCGACUACCAUCAUGUACAAUGACAGCAAACCACACAUGAACACAGGGUACAAGACAGCAGAGGAGAUUGUGGAUUUCAUUGAGGAUAUCUUGCAUCCAACGAUGGUCAGUCUGGACCCAACCAGCUUCCGGAAUCUCGUCAUAAACCGGGACCAGAAGGACAUGUGGUUAGUGGACUUCUAUGCGCCGUGGUGUGGACCCUGCCAAGCACUGUUGCCUGAGUGGCGGAAACUAGCCAAGAAAUUGAACGGCACAGCUGGAGUGGGCACGAUCGAUUGUGUGACCCAUGGGGAUCUGUGUAAUCAACAAGGCAUUCGUAGCUACCCUACUAUCCGGGCUUUCCCAUUCGGACGAACUGGAAACACAGGAAGAAGUGAUUACAAUGGUUGGUUCCGGGAUUCCAACUCCAUCUUCUUCUGGGCUCACAACUUCCUGCCUUCCAUUGUAGAAACCAUCAGCCGGAGCAACUUCCGGGAUAAAGUCCUCCGCAGCACAGAUCCCUGGGUGAUCGAUUUUCACAUGCCACACUGCAUGCCUUGUCAGCAGUACCAGCCGGAGUUUGAGCAAGUGGCCAGGGGUGUUGAAGGCUAUGUACGUGCUGGCAAGGUAGACUGCACUCAAAACCAGAAUAUAUGUCAACAGGCCAGUGUUAAUUACUUCCCCACUGUACGAAUUUAUAGAGGCACGCACAAGGUUGGCCAUUCCCAGAAUUGGUAUGGUGAACAAGUGGAUAAAACUCCAAGCAGUUUAAUAGCGCUUCUUCAGAAAAGAUUUACGCAGAAGUUAAGCAGUAGCAAAAAUAUCAAGGAUGAACUUUGACCUCCCAACCACUGGAAAUAGAAGAGCAACUCAUCGACUCUUGGAUAGUAUAGUUUGUCUCGUUUUCUCCUUUUCUAAAGAAAACACCGGGUGCAUUCAAAAGCAGCUUCACAUUUUAUGUGCAUUGGUUUCACUCUCUGUUGACCAUCGAAGGGAUAACCAUGUUUACAUUGUCGGCAAGUUGGAUAACAGGUCUGCUGACACUCCCUCACUGAGCAUGAGACUCACUCACUGAGCAUCAGACUCACUGAGCAUCAGACUCAGUGAGCAUGGGGAUCACAGCAUAAGACUCACUGAGCGUUGGGUGACUGCAUGAGACUCACUCACUAAGCAUGGGACUCACUAACUGGGCAUGAGACUCACUGAGCAUGGGGAUCACAGCAUAAGACUCACUAAGCGUGGGGCUGACUGCAUGAGACUCACUCUCUGAGCAUGGGACUCACUAACUGGGCAUGAGACUCGCUCACUGAGCAUGAGACUCACAGAGCAUGAGACUCACAUACUUGAGAGAUUUUCCACAUCAGAAAAAAGUAAAAGCUGAAACAAUACAUUGCCUCAUCCUCUCGUUAUUCUGUCUUUACAAGCAUUGGAAACCUAUCCUGCUCUGUGGCCUCAUUUGUUGGAAACAAGUAAAUUGAUUGGCAGUUUUAUCACAGUUUCAAUUGAAUAUGUGUUUGUGUAUGUGGACUGUGAAGAACUUACCGCCGUAUUCUUCUUGUCAGCUGCUUUUACAUGAAGUUUUAAGCCACAGUGCACAUGUAUAGUAAUAUCAAUAUUUUAAAAUGCUCUAGGAAAAUUGGAAUUGUUCAGCCCCCAAACCUAAUCACUGUUUUGGCAGUGUGUCCCUAUUAAACCCUGUGUCUCCCUAAUCCCCGUCCUACGUGUAGCAAUAACAAGUCUCAAUUUCAUAUUCUUGCGUCAUUACUCCUUAAGUUCUAAUUGCUUCAAUCUGAUCAAGUCAAUUAAUUUAAGAGGAAAGCUGUCAAGAUUGCAUUUCUUAUGAAUAAAGUCCAUGGAAGUAUGUCAAAAUUUUGGAUCAAGGAAACUUCAGGGAGAUUGUUAGUUUUGGAAUGAAUUCUAGAGGGUAGCAACAUUUCCUCCCUCAGGUGCAGAUUUUUAAUGUUGAUGGUAGCCUUCUUGCCACUUUUGUAGCAACAAGUGCAACCGAAUUCCGUCUUUCUAGCAUGAAAUUGCAUGAUUUUUUAAUGCUUUAACAUUUCUACUUCACUUUAUAAAAGUAUUUUUUUUAACUGUUCUUUACUUUAUAAAAGCAUUUUUUUUACUGUAGCAUUGGUAUUUUUCUCACCAGAUGGCAACUUUGAAACCCUCUCGGUUUUAUUAGAAAUAUUUAUUUUUAUUUCUUUGUACAUUACCUUUCUCAAGUAAUCCUUUACAAAUAAGCCAAAAAAUAAAUAGAACCCGACAAAUUGAUGUUGACAGUACUUCAGGUCUACCCUCCUGUUUUUGUUUUUCAGACAGGCAAAAUUGUCUGAUACCUAUGUUUUUGUACAUCUGUUGCAUUAGCCACACUUUCACUAAUAUUGCUUGGUUCCAACUGUCGGAUGUGUAUUUUGGUAUUUGUGGCAUUUGUUUUUUCAGUAAAUUAUUCGCUUUGUGUAACGUUAACAUCGGGUGUUCAUCAAUUUAGUUUAAUUCUUGUGAUGUUUGUUUGGAUGGUAGAUAAACUCGGUUAGGAGUUUGUUAAAAUGGAUGUACUUAAUAGGAACAGACCAAUUUUAUGUUCAAUUUGCAAAUUUCUUUAAUGAAUUCAUCUAUGAUGCAUCUUCCUAAAAUAAACCAUGAUGGCCUAACAGUCUUAACUAUUUUUUUGCACACAGAUUUGUCAACAUGCGUGCACAUUGGUUGAAAUUCAGAUGUGUUUAUAUGCCACAUUGUUUUAUUGCAUAGUCUUGUACAGCUUUGAAAUGUAUUUUAUGGCUGGUUUAACCAUUCAGUCCUAGGGUUCAAUUGAUUGACGCAUGACAUGGACCUUUCAUAACUGUAAUACUGAUAAUGGAGAUGAGAUAUUUGACAGAUUCUCCUUUGGUUUUGUCAAUGUCUAAUCGGACAUUUUGUUGUUCAUCAUUGAUGUUCUUAUAGAUGUAAGUUAUUUUAUUGACAAUUUUAGGCAAAUACUUAAUUUCAAGCAUGUUGGGUGUCCUGUGCAUUAAAGCCGGUGUAAAAAUGACAAUAAAAAUAAUUAUUUUCAUAUGUUAA